CUCUCUCUCUCUCUCUCUGUCUUAAAUCGUUUCGUCAUCAAACUAAUAAAAUCGGAUCACACAGUUGAAGAGAAGAGAGAGAGAGAGAGAAAGGGCGGUUAUGACGUUGCAGAGAGGUUUGCCUCUUCUCUGGCAGCAGUACACGGCGCUGUUCCGCAAAAACCUUCUUCUCUCAUGGCGGAGCAAGCGAGCCACGUUCCUUCAGCUCUUCGCUUCCUUCUUCUUCAUCCUCCUCAUCUUCUGCAUCCAGGAGGCUAUGGAGAAGAGCUUCGCUUCCUCCACCGCCCUCAAGACCGUCACCGAUCCCUCCGCCCUCGUCUCUCCUCCGAUCCCUCCCUGCGAGGAUAAGUUCUUCGUCAAUCUCCCCUGUUUCGACUUCGUCUGGAGCGGUAACGAUACCGCCAGGGCGAGAGACAUUGUCAACGCGAUUAGGGCUAAUAAUCCUGGCAGACCGAUCCCCCAAGACAAGGUUCUACCAUUCAAGAGUCCGUUGGAAGUAGAUGCGUGGCUGAUGGCGAAUCCAUUGCAAACUCCAGGAGCUUUGCACUUUAUGGAAAGGAACGCUACGGUGAUGAGCUACGGUAUUCAAACGAACUCAACUCCUGAGAUGAACCGAGGAAGGUUCGAAGAUCCCACCUUUAAGUUCCAGAUUCCUCUUCAGGUUGCUGCUGAGCGUGAGAUCGCUAGGUCCUUGAUAGGAGAUCCAAAGUUUAACUGGGUUGUCGGUUUCAAGGAGUUUCCACACCCAACUAUCGAAGCUGUUGUUGCGUUGGAUACAAUAGGGCCGACUUUCUUCCUCGCCAUCGCCAUGUUUGGUUUUGUUCUUCAGAUCAGUUCCUUGAUCACUGAGAAAGAGCUCAAACUUCGCCAGGCGAUGACGAUGAUGGGUGUUUUCGACACUGCUUACUGGCUGUCGUGGCUUACGUGGGAAGGGAUUCUCACGACGGUCUCAGCGCUCUUGGUGGUUCUGUUUGGAAUGAUGUUUCAGUUCGACUUCUUCUUGAAGAACAGUUUCCCUGUUGUCUUCCUACUCUUCAUGCUUUUCCAGUUAAAUAUGAUUGGAGUAGCGUUCAUGCUAUCAGCUUUUAUCAGCAAAUCAUCUUCAGCGACAACUGUCGGAUUCUUUGUGUUCCUGGUUGGCUUUGUGACACAGCUUGGAUCAUCGACUGGGUUUCCCUAUGCCAAGAAAUAUUCUCGCACGAUUAGGACGCUUUGGUCACUGUUCCCACCCAACACCUUUUCUCAGGGUCUAAAGAUGCUUUCUGAUGCAACUUCGACUCCCCAAGAUCCUGGCAUUAGCUGGAGCAAGAGAGCAGUAUGCGGACCCAACGACAACACUGAUUGUGUGAUUACAAUUAAUGAUAUCUACUUGUGGCUACUUGGGACGUUUUGUUUGUGGUUUGUUCUUGCUCUCUACUUUGAUAACAUUGUUCCAAACGCCUCCGGUGUCAGAAAAUCUGUCUUUUACUUUCUGAAACCUGGUUACUGGACCGGUAAAGGUGGCAGCCGAGUGGAAGAAGGUGGGAUUUGUAGCUGUACCGGUUCAGUCCCACCUGUGGAUCAUGUUACUCCAGAUGACGAAGAUGUCCUUGAAGAGGAGACUUUAGUUAAGCAGCACGCAAUGGAGGGGUUAGUGGAUCCGAACAUUGCUGUUCAAAUACGUGGUCUUGCGAAGACUUAUCCUGGGACAACCAAGUUUGGAUGCUGCAAAUGCAAGAAAACACCUGCUUAUCACGCUCUCAAGGGGUUGUGGAUGAAUAUUGCGAAAGAUCAACUAUUCUGUCUCCUUGGACCCAAUGGAGCAGGGAAGACAACUACUAUCAAUUGUUUGACAGGCAUAAAUCCAGUUACUGGUGGUGAUGCACUAAUCUAUGGGAAUUCAAUAAGAAGCUCUGUUGGUAUGUCCAACAUCCGUAAAAUGAUAGGAGUUUGUCCUCAGUUUGAUAUACUUUGGGAUGCUUUGUCUGGUGAAGAACACCUCCGUCUCUUUGCUAGCAUCAAAGGGUUGCCACCUGCAUCCAUCAAUCCGAUGGUUGAGAAGUCACUGGCAGAGGUAAAACUGACAGAAGCAGGGAAAAUCAGGGCAGGAAGUUACAGUGGAGGAAUGAAACGCCGACUCAGUGUUGCAGUUUCACUCAUUGGUGAUCCUAAGCUAGUCUUCCUUGACGAGCCGACAACAGGCAUGGACCCGAUCACAAGGAGACACGUGUGGGACAUCAUACAGGAAACCAAAAAGGGUCGCGCCAUUAUACUAACGACACAUUCGAUGGAGGAAGCUGAUAUCUUAAGUGAUCGGAUAGGGAUAAUGGCCAAGGGCAGGCUCCGCUGCGUUGGAACCUCUAUCAGGUUGAAGUCCCGCUUCGGCACAGGUUUCAUUGCUAACAUUAGCUUCAACGAAAGCAACAACAACGGAGAGAACAACGGCAACGGUGAAGCUGAUUCACGCGAGCCAGUGAAGAAAUUCUUCAAAGAUCAUCUCAAUGUCAAACCAAUAGAAGAAACCAAAGCCUUCAUGACUUUUGUUAUACCGCACGACAAAGAGAAUCUUUUGACGAGGUUUUUUGCUGAGCUGCAAGACAGAGAAGUUGAGUUUGGAAUCUCAGACAUCCAACUUGGUCUAGCAACUCUUGAAGAAGUCUUCUUGAACAUUGCAAGAAAAGCUGAACUCGAAAGCGCUGCUGUUGAUGGUACAAUGGUCACUCUCGAACUAACUUCUGGCUCAUCCGUCGAGAUACCGGUGGGGGCAAGAUUUGUUGGGAUACCAGGAACCGAAACUGCAGAGAAUCCGCGUGGAGUCAUGGUGGAAGUGUACUGGCAACAAGACGAGUCGGGAUCGUUGUGCAUCUCGGGACAUUCCACGGAGAUGCCGGUUCCUGAUAUUGUUCCCGCGACAGAUCCGGUUGCACCAGGGCAUGGGGGAGUAAGCUUGUUGGGACGGAGAGGACGGGGACAGCAAGUUCAGGGGAUUGUGAUUGAUCCUGAGUUUGUCGGCUCCCGUCGUGUUAGUAGAAGCGGUUCCUUUGCUUCCCAACGUUCUUCACUUUGAAAAUGAGAAUCUAACACACACACCUACAGUUUCUUAACUUACCGGACUCGGCUAUGUUAUAUUCUCACGCGCGGUUUGUUUAUUUGAAUUGUGUGUUCGUGAUUAAUGAUGUAAAUUAGACGGGUGUUUGUGAUUUUAAAAACUAAUGUUUAUACUGUCAUUAUGUUCA